GGGGCAGGGCAGGUUCUGACAGGGUACGGUGUUCGCCACUGCCGACAGCGAGCUUGAGCUUGUCCAUAAACACACUCCCUCCGAUGUCAAGUUUACUAAUCUUUCUGGCGAUGAAGCCACACAGGCAGGUGCACUCAAAACUUUGCGAUGCGACAUCUGGGUACAUCUCGCUUGUCAUGGCAAACAGGACCAUGACCAGUCUUACGAUUUACGUUUCACCGUGAGACAGAUCCCUUACACUGCUUGACAUCAUGGAGAACAAUGCUCCGCAAGCAGAGUUCGCAUUCUUAUCGGCGUGUCAUACUGUCGCUGGUGAUAAGGAGACGCGCAACGAAGUCAUUCACUCUGCAGCUGGUCUACAGUUUUCAGGGUUAAGAGCGUCUUGGCACGCUGUGGGCGGUCGGCGGCGCUGUCGCAAACCUCGUCGUCAAAGCUUUCUACGAGGAUAUGUUCAAGGAUUUGAAGGAGGGCAUCAUGAACUGUACGGAGGCGGCCUUAGCUCUAAACCAUGCUACGGCUGCCGUGAAGAAGCAAGUACCGCUCGAGCAGAGAAUCAUUUUCAUUCAUGUCAGCGUGUGGCUCCAUUUCGUAUUGCUUUUGAACAUCUCAGUCUAGUUACUUGAAACUGAAGCUUUGCAUCGCAUCCUCUCUCGUGCUACCACUUGCUCUCAGAAUCUUUUACAGCGACAUCCAUUGCUCGAGUAUUUGAAUGUCCCUUAUGCACCAUGCAAGACUAGCUUCAGGUUGUCAUGCUGCUGGUUUCGAACGAUCAUCCAGUCUGCUGCGGGGAGAUUAUUGGUC